UGGAACUUCUGGUGACACGGAAAACUUGGAAACACCCAGUACAACAGUGUAGAAAUGGACAACAACUGGGUAUAAACAUUAUCGGCGAUAUCUGUUUUGGUUUACUGGGAUUAUACACAAAAAUCGUCACGAUGUGGAACACCGUGUUGGUUGCCACAGCAAUUUUCUUGUUGACGGGACCCGGAUGUUCAUCUGAAUAUACCUUCCGAGAGCUCGAUACCGACAACAUUCUCCUCCUGAAUGUUGCGGCCAAAGGACGACUCGUGGAGCGUCUCACCGACUCUGUCACUCGAUUGGAGUCUGCGAGAGCGAAAAUGGUGGAUUACGUAAAGGCUUGUUUCUACAAUGCCACGUCAAAGACAGACGCGUGUCAGCUGUGUGUUACGGAAGCGUGCGAGAAACGCGCCAUGGAAUGUAGACUGGAUGUGGCUGCCAUAGAGACGAUUUCUGUGGACAGCACAAGUAACCGCAUCACACAGAAAAAUAACCCGGAUGACGAAAUUCCUGGGGUACAAUUCCUAACGUCACCGUUACCAGUAGAGAUGGGUCUUGAGGGUUUCACAAAGAACGCGGAGGAGGACAUCUUAGCGGACGUACCGUCAACACUCCGCUCACAAGGGGAACAGUUCCUACACAAGGCAGAGGGCAAGCUCCAUAAACUUCAGGAGAAUCUUAAGAACACCGUACAUGAACUUCCGGGAUUAAUUCCGCGAGUGCGUGGAGCUAUCGAGAGUGUAAGCAACGACAUUGACGUAGAGUCAUUGAUGGGCGUAGCCGACAAGGCGGCGGAUUCUAUAUCCAACGUGAUCACCGACAAGAACAUUGACCAGGCCGUAACGUCCGUCAUGGAACAGAUGCCUACCAUCAUGACGCAGGUGAACAAGAAGAUGCAGCAGCUGACGUCAGUGAUGGGAAGCUUUGUCUCAAACGCCAUGGACCACCUCGGGGAACUCAUGAAUCAACCCAUUCCGGUACCAGUCCGGACCUGGGUUGACAGCCCGGACGGUCAAAUCCCUGUUUCUGAGGAUAUGUCGGAGCCGGGCUCGAAGCCACAACGCACGCGCAGUAGGUGGGUGGUAAAGCAUAUCCGAUUAGGCGGGAAUUCCAACGGGGGAGCUCAAGGUAUCUUCGUCAGUAGUGGCGGGUUCACAAGGCUCAAGAGAAGCACAGUGGAUUGUAAGGAAGUAUCACGUGAUCCACAAGGGGCAUGCAAGGCUUUCCACUUCCAGUGCGCCGCCUGCAUGGACGACACCGCGAUCCUGAAGGAAUCAUGUGGAAAGGACUCUUUGCGGAUGAUGCUGGCCAUCAAGCGAAUAGACAUCAAGGCAGCUGACUAUCUGAUGACGUACUCAAAGCAUAUCAAGACCGGCAUGGUUGUCCUCAAGGUCAAGUAUGACGAAAACAGUUUUGACCCCCGAACAUCAACGUACAGGAUUGCUUACGUAACAGCAAAGAUUCGUGGCGAAAUUGUGACGUACAAAACAACGUCAUUGCCAAAUAUCGCUGAUUUGUCGACGUCAGGCAGCGAGAUCGGAGAUGAGAUUUGGAUGAUAUUGGAUGAAGAUGAACAUACUACAGACGGCGUCAGUAAGAAACUGAAUAAAGUCACACACGAAAACGGAAGUCACGAUCACAUGACACUGGGCCUAAAGCAUGAUGGGAAAUCGGCGGCAUCCAUUAACAGUGUGAUGUGGGGUGUGGUUAGCUUAGUGAUGUAUCUUGGAUACAUUGCUUUGUAGAUUUUUUCGACAGAUGAAAUUUUCUUUUAGCCUUUAUCCACGUGUUUAACAUAUUGAAGCUCAAACAGAUCACUGGAAAUGCAACAUGGCGCCGAGUUGGUCAUCAACGACAGUUUCCAACUUGACACAAACAUAAAUGACGUAUUUAAUGUUUAACUUCAGCAGAAACCUAAUACACUACAAAUGUUUCUGAUUUUAGAAUGAAUUAUCCAUUGCGAAAUCAUUAGAAAUGAAUUAAAUUAAACUGACUUUUUGCUUACGCUGAAAAGAUUUCAAAUAGAUCUGAAUAUUUAUGUAAACUUUAGAUAUUGGAUGAGUUUUACUCAGUAUUUCUAUAAGAAAGAAAUCACCAACCUAUUGUUUCAAAACGCACUCUUUAGUUUGGUGUUUAAUCAUGAUUUGUAUAAAAAUGUUUUAUAAACUGGUAAAAGAAUACUGUAUGCACAUAGUAAAACCAGAGACUAUUAAUAUAGGUCUCUGGUAAAGCAUAAGAUCGUUUAAAUUUAGUUUUGACACAAUUAAUGUUUUUGUCUUCAAUAAUAAAACAUUAAAAUCAAAUAAGAUGUUUAUGUAGGUUCCAUGGUUGUAUGGAAAACACGGAUAUUAUUUAUUUUCAAAUUGAUCCAUAUUAGGGACACAAUUGUCUUUAAACUAGUGCUUGGAAUCUGGUCUUUAUAUAUCAUCACAACUUGGUUGUACGUCAGAAUUUUAUGUAUGAUAUUAUCAAGGCUACUCCAAACAUGAAUAUUUUUUCAUGAUUAUCAUGGCAUGGCCAUUUUGAACAAAACAUGAAUUCCUGGUGGAGGUGUUCACGUGGCCAGUCAUUAAGCGGUGUGUAGUUAAGGCUAUAUGCUACCUUAUAAUUAGUUAUCAAUCCUUCAAAGUAUACAACAAUUUGUAGAGAUUUCAUGGGGGCUCGGCCUAUGCUGUCGUAAACGGAAUGAAAUUUAAACAAAUGAGUGUGCUUUUAUUACCGAUUUAUGUUGGGUUUCUUUUCAGGAAUACAACCCCAAACAAUAGUGGAUUUAAUCCAACUACGAUGUAAGGGGCGAUAAAACUACUAUAACAAAUUCUUAUAAAAGCAUCUUGAACGAUAACUUCGUCGAACAUGCUGGUAUCAUUCUCGUAAUUAUUCAAAUUUGCUGAGAAUAAUAAUUGAAAUAUAGGGGAGAUAACUUACUGUAUCAAGUGUAAGGUAGCAUAUAUCCUUAAUGCUAGUUCCUAAGGAAAGACAGGGACACUUAUAUAAACGUAUACUGCCAUCCAUCAGUUCCUCGACACAAUUUUGAAAUUCAGUAAAUUCGACAUAUGAAUCGAAGUGAUAUUCGAUACGGAUAUUGACGAUCUACUAACACUCAAAAUGCUCCAUUUCUUUUUGCCAAAUCAUGUCUUUUUGGAAAUUUCGUUAAAGUGGGAGCAUAUUUAUUAUAAAAUAACCUUUUUUGAAGAGAUCAUUAAUAGGAUGUGAUGUUAUGGUUUAAUCUAAAAACUAAUUCUACACAUUUAUUUUGGAAAAUAGGUCUCUUCCUUGACCCUCCCUGAAACGUCAUCUAAUAAAAAGUUGCAAAAUUAAAGUUUCUGAUUUCAACAUGCCGAAUUAGUGUGUAUAGUUUUUUCUUGGAUGGCAGUUAUAUAAUACGUCCCUAAUGAAGUCUAUCUUUGAUUUACAAUGAUUUUUUUUUCAUUUUCAUUUGAACAAAUAUAACAAAAUUAGUAUUUAUUUUUAUGUUUAUGAUCAAUUGUCAGUCAUUGUUAAAUAAGACCACAUCUAAUUUAUAUUAUUUCCCCCUGUGUACUCACAGGUAAUAACAGAGACCUAUAUUAAUUUUGUAUAUAAGUCUCUGAUAAUAAUGAGAGUCUGCGGGGGAAAAUAUUUUAGUAGAAACCAAUUAAGGAACAUACAUAGACUUGGAAUAUUUUUGAUUAGUAUAUUAACAUAUAAUAGCCACAUUGAUUAUAUUUCAGGUCAUCAGUCACUCACAUACCUUUGAUACAAACUCAAAUUUUAGAUCUUUUUUCUUUCGUGUGAGAAAUGUAUGUUUUUGAAAUUAGAUUUCGUUUUAUAUGUUGUCCAUCUGUAUAUCUUGUCAUCAUGUGGAAUAAUAAAGAUUUCUUAUUUGAAAUAAAUCGUUAUUUCACACAAUUAGCUUGUAUGUA